AUGGAUGAACACAACGCGAUGAGCAUGGAUCUCGAUUUUCUGGAACUGCCGCAAAAUUUUGAAUGGGACAGUUUUAUCGAUGAUCAAACGCUCUCACAGAUAGGACAGCCAUAUCCCCCAAAAUCACUCUACAUGUUGUGCGUCGGAAUACUAAGGUACUUUCGGGAAUGCGGCAUACACGAAAAUUUUCUUGACGAAAAAGACUCAAAAUUUUAUGAAUUCCGGCGCAUUCUUAGUGCGCGAAUGAGUGAAUUAACGGUAUCAGGAGUUGGAACUCGCCCAAAACAAGCGGAACCCAUAAGCACAGAAACUGAAACUGAACUAUGGGAAAAGAGAUUACUCGGUGAUGUGACUGGAAAAGCGCUUUUGAAUACAAUGUUUUUCUACAAUUGUAAGCUGUUCGGCCUCCGUGGCGUCGAUGAACAUAGGGGGAUGGAAAUUGACCUAAUAGAGCUAGGAUUCGACAAGUAUGGACACUUUUUAAAGUUUAAAGGGAGAUCAAACAAGACGUUCAAAGGGGGACUAGCACAACGCCACGUACAAGCCAAGGAGAUAGUGCAUCAUUUCCAAAAUAUGAAGUUGUACAACAUGCACCAAAAAUACAUUGAAAUUAUUACAAAGUGCGGAGAAAGCCGUGCGUUUUACCGCCGAGCCCUAGAAAACGGCCCGGACAAUGAAUUGCGGUUCAGCCAACAAGCAAUCGGUGUGAAUAAACUAGCUGCCAUUAUGAAAACAAUGUUUUUGGAGGCUGGAAUUCCGGGCUAUUUUACGAAUCAUUCUGGAAAGCGCACUCUAGCCACAACCCUUUACCAAGCAGGCGUCCCAGAGCAAGAGAUGAUGGAAAGAACUGGCCAUCGCUCGGUUGAAAGUGUGAGAAAAUACAAACGACCGUCCACUGAUAUGUUGAAAGAUAUUUCAAAUUUAUUGGAGCCCCAGCAGUCGGAGCAAAUGGAUAUUGUUAACCAAGAGCCGCCCCAAAAAGUUAUCUAA